UUUUUCUAGAGUGCCAGUGCCUGCCUCGCCACUCUACUCAUCUGGACACAAUUUUCUAAAUUAUUUUGUGAAAAUGGCCAAUAACUAUGGGAUUUCUGAGCAGCAGCUCAAUCUCAUCAAAGUUCAAACGGCUCGCCGUGCUGAAAUGAGACGUGAAUUUCUGAAACAGAGGACAAACCCAUUCAAACAUGCCUCGGAAGCUGGAUAUGUUUUCGACCCCGCAGUUCAAAAGUAUAUUUCGAUGAAAGUAACCCGAUUUGACCACUUCAAGCCUAACAGAAGUAACAGUUUGUUUGGAAUUACUGCUAUUAUCAUCCCAAUGUGUGCUUAUGCAUACUGGAUCGUGACCGACCGCAAUGCCAAGGAGCAGAAGAUCAGGAAUGGUGAACUACGCUACAGAGACCGCCUGUUCAAGCUCGCUUAAAUAAAUACAGUGAAAUAUUAAAACAUUGUCUAAGGAAAAGUAUGUAGUGUAAAUAAACAAUCAUUAUUAUUUA